AUGACAAACCCAACCGGACCACGUUCUGAAAUCCAUGUUCCACGCAGCCGAACCACCACUGGAGUCUCGACUGAAUCAACCCCUGUAACUACCUCCCUCCCGCUCGGUACGACCAUUGCUCAAACUACCGCUCCCCUGACUUUUGGCUCGCUGCCCCCUCUGACUCGAGUAAUUGCAACCAUCACCGACGCCGGCACGCAUUACUCAACCAUCACGACAACCACUCGUGGAGGCACGGGUGAUGAUUAUGUGCACGUAACUGAUUACGACUCCCCGGAGUCGGAGCAAGAGCGUGAUACCCCCCCUCGGAGGAGGAGAGAUACCGAUCAUACUCGACACCGUCGACGCCGCCAUAGGCAGGAGGCUAAUGAGCCCCGAGGGGCAACAAACCAGGCCUACGAAGAUCGAAUCCGUGCUUAUGAGGAGGAGAUCGCCCGUUUAAAAAGGGAUCAGGCCAGAUUGCCGCCUCCGGAACCAAGAGAUGAAAACCCUCGUCAGACCGUCAUGAAUCAGAUUCACCUGUUACCAGCAGGCGAUCCCGAUAACCUCGUUCCCCCUUUUACGCAAGAAAUCAUGGGUGCAAGAAUUUCCCGGAAGUUCAAGCUCCCAACCAUUAAAGCUUACGAUGGCACGGGUGAUCCCGCUAAUCAUGUUCGGACCUUCAUGAACGCUCUUUUGCUCCAACCCGUCACGGAAGCAAUCAAGUGCCGUGCUUUUCCUCAAACCUUGAGCGGGAUGGCCCAGCAUUGGUACAGCCGCCUACCCCCUAAUUCUAUCUCUUGUUUCGCCGACUUGAGCAGGGCUUUCAUAGGGCAAUUCGUUGGAAGCAAAACGCAUGCUAAAAGCUCUGCCUCUCUAAUGAAUUUGCAUCAAGGUAAGAAUGAAUCACUCCGGGAGUAUAUGAAUCGUUUUACCAAAGAGGCCUUGAAGGUUCCGGACCUAGAUCAGAAGGUAGUCAUGAUUGCACUCCAGCAAGGAACCACUGAUGACAAUUUUCGCAGGUCUCUAGCCAAGAGGGCCCCUGAUAAUAUGAACGACUUACAAGAGAGAGCCGGGAAGUAUAUUAAGGCAGAAGAAAGCCUAAGGAAAUCCCAGAAUAACCAAGGGCCGAACGCUAAUUUUAAGAAACGUGGGAACGACGCCGAGUAUAACGUUGAGAACAAAUAUGCCAAAAAGGAUGAUGAUGAAAAGUCUCCUGCUAAAAGGAAGGUAGGACCAAGGUUCACCGAAUAUGCUAGGCUCAACGCCCCGAGGAGUCAAAUCCUACUGGAGAUCGAAAAGGAUGAGAGUGUUCGAUGGCCGAAGCCCAUAAGGACUGACCCAGAGAAACGAAAUAAAGAUUUGUAUUGUCGAUUUCACAAAGACACGGGGCAUAAGACUGAUGAUUGUCGACAGCUGAAAGACGAAAUCGAAUUCUUGAUCCGAAGAGGCAAGUUGUCCAAAUUCACCAAGGAUGGAGACAAGAAUUAUCGGGACAAUGAUAGCCGUGGAAGAGACAAUGAUGACAAGAGAACCCAGCCUCGAGGGCCUGUGAUUAACGUGAUCUCCGGAGGGCCUACAGCCGCCGGAACCUCAAGUAAUUCACGGAAGGCUUAUGCGAGGGAAGUAAUGAGUAUAGUUGGAGAACCCCCGAAGCGGGCAAAAAUUGACUAUGCAAUGGCAUUCGAUAACAUCGACCUCGAGAAGGUAAAAUUCCCCCAUGAUGACCCCUUAGUAAUUACACCAGUGAUUGGAAACUCGUCCGUAAAGAGAGUGCUCAUUGAUAAUGGAGCCUCGGUGGAUAUUUUGUUCUAUGAUGCCUAUGAAAAGAUGGGAUACUCCGAUACUCAACUGACACCCUCGGAUAUGCCUAUAUAUGGCUUCAACAAUGUGGAAACCAAGAUUGAAGGCAUGAUACAACUACCUGUAACUAUGGGUACCGAACCUAGACAAGCCACAUGCAUGAUAAACUUCUUGGUUGUUAAAGCUUCGUCGACCUAUAAUGCCAUCCUUGGAAGGACCGGAAUACACGCUUUUGAGGCAAUCCCGUCCACUUACCACAUGAAGAUUAAAUUCCCGACUAGGAACGGGAUUGGAGAAGAAUUAGGAGAUCAGAAAAUGGCCCGAAGCUGUUAUAUUGGGGCAUUAAGAUCUGGAGGAGCCGGGGGGCAAGUACUACCCAUAGAGGAUCUCGAUGUUCGAGAAGAGGAAGAAAGAAGAGGCAAGCCAGCUGAGGACCUGAUUCCAAUCCCAUUGUAUACUGAGGAACCCGAAAAGGUUACUUAUGUUGGAGCCCUACUUCAGGAAGAUUUGAAGCAAGAAAUAGUAAAAUUCUUGAGAAACAACCGUGAUGUUUUUGCUUGGACAGCGGCUGACAUGCCAGGUAUUGAUCCCUUAUUCAUGACCCAUAAGUUGAAUGUGAAUCCUGAUAGAUAA